AUGGACGAAAAGUUGGAGAAGCUGGAAGUUCAGAUCAGGAAGCCGGAGGAAGGGAAGGCGGCCAUGAAGAACUUCUUGAUUUUGAUUCUAGAGAUCCUCAACUCUACAACCAGGAACAUGGAGGAAAUAGGCAAAUACCUUGAUGGUGCUAGCCCUACCAAGUCUAUUAUGAACUUUUAUGGUGAAGAGGCUGCUACUGAGGCUGGGAAUGUGGAUAGUGCUCUUGUAGGCUCUUCUCACGCUCUCGCCAAUUUCACUUCCCACUUUCACUUCAUUAUCUCUGACAUAAAUGGCAGACCGUCCGGGGGUGGACUGACCUUUUUCAUGGCUCCUUUUGACUGGGAGCCGACUGUAGAUCCCAGUUGUCAAUCGCUUGGUCUCUUUAAUCAGACAUAUGACGAAAAUAUCUCCAAUCAAAUUGUCGCUGUGGAGUUUGAUACGUUCCAGAAUUUUCCCUUCGAUAUGGACGACAACCAUGUGGGAAUCGAUGUCAAUAGCGUUGUUUCCAAGAUGAACACAUCUGUGAGCCCGCGUUUUCUCAAUAAUGGCCUCCCAUGGGACGCAUGGGUGGAUUAUGAUGGCGUAGCUAAGAAGCUUCAACUAUAUCUUGUGUCUUCAGACGACCCUGCCGUUUCUUUUGGAAAGCCCACAACACCAAUCUUGUCGUAUGAUAUAGACCUCAGUCAGUUUCUUCCUCAGAACAUCACCAUUGGCUUCUCUGCUUCUCCUGAGUUAGAUUUCAUGGAGUCUCACUAG